UCACCACUCAGGCUGUGGCCUCACUCUGCUCUGCUCUGCUCACAACAGUCCUGCUGGGAAAGGUGAUGCUUUAGGGAUAGUCUUGUCCACCUGCCACGUGACUGUGUUGGAUUUGGUCACUGGCUGCCUCACUCAUGGGGCCUGCCCGCACUCAGGCCCCCAUAAAAGGUGCUCUCUGGUUACCUGUAUUCUGGGCAUUCCUGUUCCCCGUCAGCUGCUCCCACACACCCCCAGGAUGGCGCUUUGCUGCUUCUGAAAUUGUGAUCCCGAGGAAGGUGACCCAAAGGACAAAUACAUUUGAGAAACCAGACCAACUCUCCUACAGCAUGCGCUUCCGGGGAAGAAGACAUGUGCUCCACAUGAAGCUCAAGAGGAACUUGGUGCCCAGAAACUUUCCUAUUGUUACUAACGAUGACCAGGGUGCCAUGCAGGAAGACUACCCAUUUGUCCCCCGAGACUGUUACUACUACAGCUACCUGGAAGAGGUUCCUGGGUCCAUGGCCACACUGGACACCUGCCAUGGAGGUCUGCGUGGCAUGCUGCAGGUAGAUGAUGUCACCUAUGAAAUCAAACCGCUGGAAGCUUCUUCAACAUUUGAGCAUGUGGUUUCCAUACUUGUGUCAGAAGAAAGAGAAGAAGAGGAUAAACACUGUAAGAUUAAAUCAGAGGACAUCAGUCAAGCCUUUGAAGAGGAGCUUCCUGCUGGAACUCCUAGAGCAGGUCCUGCUUAUCUGUGGCAGAUACAUUAUAAGCUCAUGAGACUGCACUAUACUAUUUCCAACUCUUUGUGGAUUAAGGAUCGUAAUCAAACUCGAGCAAUAGAGAGUGUUUUCCUUAUAAAUAAUAUUAUACAUUCCAUCUAUAGGCCAACAUCCCUAAAUUGUGCCAUACGUGUUUUAUGCAUUUGGACUGGAGAGGAUCCGGUGAACCUAUAUUCUACCAUAAGUACUACCAUUACCGUACACUCUUUUGGCUUAUGGAAACUGUAUAACAUGUAUGAUGCUAUUCCACAUUCGACUUCAUUACUUUACACAGGACACCGCAUUGCACACCUUUAUUAUUAUGCGAGCCAAGGUGGAAUAUGCAAUCCUAACUGGGGAGCCGGAUACGUGUUUGUAGCACACUACCACAUAUUUGUGGCUGCGACUAUUUCAGCACAUACAUUAGGUCACAGCAUUGGAAUGGAGCAUGAUGGACAGGAGUGCCGCUGUUUCCGAAGAACUAGUUGUGUCAUGUCUCCCAAGCCUGGUCUUCAGGAUACAAUGAGUAACUGCUCCUAUCAGCAUGUAUAUACACGUAUUGUUUUCUGGGAUCCUUGCUUGAGUGAACCAAAUGUCCCAUAUGGUAAUUUUCCAUAUGUAGUUCCUCGUUGUGGAGACAAGAUAAUAAAUGAAGAUGAGGAAUGUGAUUGCGGUUCCUUUAAAGAGUGCACGCCAAAUAUGUGUUGUGAUACUAACUGUUAUUUCACCCUUGGCAGUGAUUGUGACCACACUUCUUGUUGCAAUAAGGACUGCAAACUUUCUUCUCCUGGAGUGCUUUGCAGAGACACCCGUGGUAUUUGUGAUCUGCCAGAAUAUUGUGAUGGGAGAUCAGAAGAAUGUCCACGUGACUUUUACAUCCAGGAUGGAACCCCAUGUUCACCUGUAGCCGUCUGUAUCAGAGGAAACUGCAGUGACCGCAAUAUGCAGUGCCAGGCCCUUUUUGGAUACCAAAUAGGUGAUGCCCCACAAGCAUGCUAUGACAAACUGAAUAUCAUAGGUGACCGAUUUGGAAACUGUGGGGUUAAGUUGCAAAGAGGGGGAACCAAACCUUUUAAAUGUGAAGAAGAUGAUGUUUUAUGUGGAAUGCUGCACUGUGGUGGAGUCAAGCGAAUACCUGGUGGAGGGAAACACACUACUUUUAGACGCUUAUUAGUUCAAGAUGUUAAGCAAGAAGAAUGCUUUGGUUACGAUGCACACCAAGGGGCAGAAUUGCCAGAAAUGGGGCUUGUACUUGAUGGGGCAACAUGUGGUCCUGCUAAAUAUUGUCUAAACCAGAACUGCACUUUUCACGAGGACUUACAUUUUGAUUGUGAUGUGAAGACAUGCAAUUUCAAAGGAGUGUGUAACAGCAACAAAAACUGUCAUUGCAUGCGUGGCUGGAAACCACCAAAAUGUGAUACACUCGGAACAGGUGGUAGUGUAGACAGUGGCCCUAUACCUGACAGAGACCCCGGUAUUCAAUCCAGGAUUCGUGAAACUUACAACAUUGAAUUGAUUCUAACACUUGCUCGUUCAGGCUCAUUUUUGUUCACAGUACUCAUUGGUGCCCUUACAACAGCAAAACGGCACAUAGAGAAAAAAAUAUUGAAAGAUGAAUAUGAAAGUGAUGACUUCUUGUAAAUAUC